CGAGCCAAAGAAUUUCUGCUACAGCUGACGCGGACGCCAUCUUUGUCGCGAACAUAAACAACAUCGGAGAGCGGCGUUGACUGGCUUCUGGCUGUACCGCCUCUGUUUCACGGAACGCAACCGAGGUCGCCCCGUCGCCCGAGCUCAUCCUUUCAGCCGAAGAUGCUGGCCGCCUUGGUCACCUGAGGCACCGAGAGAGAUGGGGAUCCUGAGCGGAUUUCCUCGCCGGGAGGGAGCGGAGGUGUAAACGGGGGAAGGGUGGGAGGGGCCCCCCCACACGGCCCUGACCAGAUGGACCAAGAGUACGAGAGACGGCUGCUAAGGCAGAUCAACCACCAGAACCUGCCGGCUGAGAGCCGCGUGACCAAGAGCCUCGGCGCCGCCUGCAGCCCCGUCAGUGUAAAGUGCGGGGACCGCUUCAUUCCCACCCGCGCUGGAAGCAACUGGAGCAUCAACUUCCACUAUGCCAACGAGAACUGCCGCUCUCCCGCUCAGAACCACAAAGCAAAGGACGCCAGCUCAGACUCGAGCAAAGAUGCCGUGGCGUAUGCCGCGCUGCUGAGGAACGAGCUGCUGGGUGCUGGGAUAGAGACCGUGGCAGAGCCUCACACAGACGACCGGCGGCAUGAAGUCCUCGCUCAAGACUCCUACAGCCUUUUUAGGUACACCGUCCACACGAAGAGAGUGCCUUGUGAUCGCGGCAACGAAGUCUCCCCCUUCUCCCUUUCUCCACUCAGCAACAAGAGUCACAAGCUGCUCCGUUCGCCCCGCAAGCCGGCGCGAAAGAUCUCCAAGAUCCCCUUCAAAGUGCUGGAUGCUCCGGAGCUGCAGGACGACUUCUACCUCAAUCUGGUGGACUGGUCGGCGGGAAACCUGCUGAGCGUGGGGCUGGGUGCCUGCGUCUACCUGUGGAGCGCGUGCACCAGCCAGGUGACGAGGUUAUGUGACCUUUCAGUGGACGGGGACUCCGUCACGUCCGUUUGUUGGAACGAGAGGGGGAGCCUGGUGGCCGUGGGAACCCACAAGGGCUACGUUCAGAUCUGGGACGCCGCCGGAGGAAGGAAGCUGACCUGUCUGGAGGGCCACUCGGCCCGAGUAGGUGCCCUGGCGUGGAACGGGGAGCAGCUGUCGUCAGGGAGUCGGGACAGAGUGAUCCUGCAGCGGGACGUCCGAACACCGCCCUCUGCUGAGAGAAGGCUGCAAGGUCACAGGCAGGAAGUGUGCGGCCUCAAGUGGUCUCCGGACCACCAGCACCUUGCUUCUGGAGGCAACGACAACAAGCUGCUGGUGUGGAACAGCUCCAGCCUCGUCCCCGUGCAGCAGUACAGCGACCACCUGGCGGCGGUGAAGGCCAUCGCCUGGUCCCCUCACCAACACGGCCUCCUGGCCUCAGGCGGCGGCACCGCCGACCGCUGCUUGCGCUUCUGGAACACCCUGACGGGUCAGGCGCUACAGAGCACAGACACCGGCUCCCAGGUCUGCAACCUGGCCUGGUCCAAACAUGCCAACGAGCUGGUAAGCACUCACGGCUACUCUCAAAACCAGAUUCUGGUGUGGAAGUAUCCGUCUCUAACACAGGUGGCCAAGCUGACCGGACACUCCUACAGAGUCCUCUAUCUGGCUGUGUCCCCGGACGGAGAGGCCAUCGUCACGGGAGCCGGAGAUGAGACGCUUCGCUUCUGGAACGUCUUCAGUAAGACGCGAUGCACUAAGGAAUCAAAGUCUGUGCUGAACCUUUUCACCAGGAUACGAUAGAGAGCGGCGGCGGCGGGUCCGGGGAGCUGCAGGAGAAACCGCGGCUACAACGGCCCUGACUCCGCUGUUAACACUCACAGACUCGUAGAUCGCCCUCCAGCGAGCACCAGCCUCCACAGAGACCGUCCUCGGUAAAACUUUCUCAGCUGAGGACGUGGCUCCAACUCGCAGCGACGGGUGCGGGCCUCGGCCGGCGACGUCCCAGAUUAAAAGAGUCACUACACGCCCUCUGCUUUAAAACGUCGCUCUUGUUCUCCUUGCUGUCGUGGAUGUGAUGAAGUUGUUUUAUUGUCUAUUAGCAGAUGCGUAUGUAAGUCUUCUAAGCUAUGUAAUGAUGCAACGAUGGAACCUUUUUAAAACGCGGGCUCCUUUGUAACAGAAGGGGGGGGGGGGGCUUCUGCAGCAGCACGGGACAGGAAACGGAAACCAAUGGGUGAAAAAACACUCAGUCACCUGCAACUAAAGAUUGGUUUAAUCAGUGUUUUGUCAGUAAACGUACAUUCAUGGCACUAUGACACUUUCUGACAGGUAUUUUAUUAAAAAAAAAAAAAAAAAAAA